CCCCUCGGCGCCCCCGCCUCUCCCCCUUCUCGUCGCUCGGUUUUCUGUCAAGCUCUUCCUGUCCCUCUCCCCCUCGCUCCUUCCUCUCGCUUCCUCUCUCGCACCUGAGCACACGCACCUGCCCGGGCCCGACUCUCGCUCCCUCCUCUCCUCCUCCCCCUCCCUCCCUCCCCGCUCGGUCCCGGCCGCGGGAGCCUCGCGGCUGCGUCACCGCCGCUCCCCCCCACCCCCGACAAGAUGGACACCGCUGAGGAAGACAUAUGUAGGGUGUGUCGGUCUGAAGGAACACCUGAGAAACCUCUGUAUCAUCCCUGUGUAUGUACUGGCAGUAUUAAGUUUAUCCAUCAAGAAUGCUUAGUUCAGUGGCUGAAACACAGUCGAAAAGAAUACUGUGAAUUAUGCAAGCACAGAUUUGCUUUCACACCAAUUUAUUCCCCAGAUAUGCCUUCCCGGCUUCCAAUCCAAGACAUAUUUGCUGGACUGGUUACAAGUAUUGGUACUGCAAUACGAUAUUGGUUUCAUUAUACGCUUGUGGCCUUUGCAUGGUUGGGAGUUGUUCCUCUUACAGCAUGCCGCAUCUACAAGUGCUUGUUUACUGGCUCCGUGAGCUCACUACUGACACUGCCUCUAGACAUGCUAUCGACGGAAAAUUUGUUGGCAGAUUGUUUGCAGGGUUGUUUCGUGGUGACAUGCACACUGUGUGCAUUCAUUAGCCUGGUGUGGUUGCGAGAGCAGAUAGUCCAUGGAGGAGCACCAAUUUGGUUGGAGCAUGCUGCUCCGCCUUUCAAUGCUGCUGGGCACCACCAGAAUGAGGCUCCAGCAGGAGGAAAUGGUGCAGAAAAUGUUGCCGCUGAUCAGCCUGCUAACCCACCCGCUGAGAAUGCAGUGGUGGGGGAACACCCUGAUGCCCAGGAUGAUCAGGCAGAAGAGGAGGAGGAGGACAAUGAGGAGGAAGAUGACGCUGGCGUGGAAGAUGCAGCAGAUGCCAACAACGGAGCCCAGGAUGACAUGAACUGGAAUGCUUUAGAAUGGGACCGAGCUGCAGAAGAACUUACGUGGGAAAGAAUGCUAGGACUUGAUGGAUCACUAGUUUUUCUGGAACAUGUCUUCUGGGUGGUGUCUUUAAAUACACUGUUCAUUCUUGUUUUUGCAUUUUGUCCUUACCAUAUUGGUCAUUUCUCCCUUGUUGGUUUGGGAUUUGAAGAACAUGUUCAAGCAUCUCAUUUUGAAGGCCUCAUCACAACCAUAGUUGGGUAUAUACUUUUAGCAAUAACACUGAUAAUUUGUCAUGGCUUGGCAACGCUUGUUAAAUUUCAUAGGUCUCGUCGCUUACUGGGAGUCUGCUAUAUCGUUGUUAAGGUCUCUUUGUUAGUGGUGGUAGAAAUUGGAGUGUUUCCUCUCAUUUGUGGUUGGUGGCUGGAUAUCUGUUCCCUGGAAAUGUUUGAUGCUACUCUGAAAGAUCGAGAACUGAGCUUUCAGUCGGCUCCAGGUACUACCAUGUUUCUGCAUUGGCUGGUGGGAAUGGUAUAUGUGUUCUACUUUGCCUCCUUCAUUCUGUUACUGAGAGAGGUGCUUCGACCUGGUGUCUUAUGGUUUCUAAGGAAUUUAAAUGAUCCAGAUUUUAAUCCAGUACAGGAAAUGAUCCACUUGCCCAUUUAUAGGCAUCUCCGAAGAUUUAUUUUGUCAGUGAUUGUCUUUGGCUCUAUUGUCCUCCUGAUGCUUUGGCUUCCUAUACGUAUAAUUAAGAGUCUGCUGCCUACUUUUCUUCCAUACAAUGUCAUGCUGUACAGUGAUGCUCCAGUGAGCGAACUGUCCCUUGAGCUGCUUCUGCUUCAGGUUGUCUUGCCAGCAUUACUUGAACAGGGACACACAAGGCAGUGGCUGAAGGGGCUUGUACGAGCAUGGACUGUUACCGCUGGGUACUUGCUGGAUCUUCAUUCCUAUUUAUUGGGAGACCAGGAAGAAAAUGAGAACAGUGCAAAUCAACAAGUCAACAAUAACCAGCAUGCUCGAAAUAACAAUGCUAUUCCUGUGGUGGGGGAAGGCCUGCAUGCAGCCCACCAAGCUAUACUUCAGCAGGGAGGGCCUGUCGGCUUUCAGCCUUACCGCCGGCCUUUACAUUUUCCACUCAGGAUAUUUCUGUUGAUUGUCUUCAUGUGUGUAACAUUACUGAUCGCCAGCCUCAUCUGCCUUACUCUACCAGUAUUUGCUGGCCGUUGGUUAAUGUCGUUUUGGACGGGGACUGCCAAAAUCCAUGAGCUCUACACAGCUGCCUGUGGUCUCUAUGUUUGCUGGCUAACCAUAAGGGCGGUGACAGUACUGGUGGCGUGGAUGCCCCAGGGACGCAGAGUGAUCUUCCAGAAGGUUAAAGAGUGGUCCCUCAUGAUAAUGAAGACUUUGAUAGUUGCCGUGCUGCUGGCUGGAGUUGUCCCACUCCUUUUGGGGCUCUUGUUUGAGCUAGUUAUUGUUGCUCCCCUGAGGGUUCCCUUGGAUCAGACUCCUCUUUUUUAUCCAUGGCAGGACUGGGCACUUGGAGUCCUGCAUGCCAAAAUCAUUGCAGCUAUAACAUUGAUGGGUCCUCAGUGGUGGUUGAAAACCGUAAUUGAACAGGUUUACGCAAAUGGCAUCCGGAACAUUGACCUUCACUAUAUCAUUCGUAGACUGGCAGCUCCAGUGAUCUCUGUGCUCUUGCUUUCCCUGUGUGUACCUUAUGUUAUAGCUUCUGGUGUUGUUCCUCUACUAGGUGUUACUGCGGAAAUGCAAAACUUAGUCCACCGGCGGAUUUAUCCGUUUUUACUGAUGGUUGUGGUAUUGAUGGGAAUCUUGUCCUUCCAAGUCCGCCAGUUUAAGCGCCUUUAUGAGCAUAUUAAAAAUGACAAAUACCUGGUGGGGCAACGCCUCGUGAACUAUGAACGGAAGUCUGGCAAACAAGGCACAUCUCCACCACCUCCACAGUCGUCUCAAGAAUAAAGUGGUUGUCUCAACUCCUUGACCUUCCCCUUGCCUUUACAUGUCCUUCUUUGUGGACUUCUCUCUUUUGAAGAUAUUCCCUAGUGAUCUCUCAGUAUUGUUUUUAAAUUAAAUGUAUUUGACUUGUGUUCUCAGCAGCUCUGCUGCUCUGCCCUGCAUCUUCUGACAUCACUGCUGUCUGAGAUCUGUAUAUGUGUAAAUAGAAGUUCCUUGAUACCCUAAAACCUUGGAUUAAACAGAAUGUGCAUUGUACAUCUUGAAACAAAAUGUAUAUUAAUUUAUUAAAUCUAGUUGUCACUUUAUUUUGGACCUGCUGUGAUCUCGACAGGAAACGUGCCACAGAGCCAUAGUGAACAGGCAAGACUUUUCAAUGACGUCUUGUGGAGUUCAGUUCAUGAUGUUCCUAGCAGUUUUACUAAGUAAACUGUACGUUUUGUCUUUCUUGGCUGUUCAGACGUUACCAAGAACAUAAAAGGAAACAAGUGGAAAUCAGCAGCGGAGUGUCUGUGGUAAGAAAACAUGAACUUUGUGCUUCACUGUCAGUCAUUUUUGGAAGUUAUUUUGUAUAACACCAAAGCUGUUGUACAUUUUCUACUGCCUGAUUUUUUUCAUGUGUCUGUGUUUGUAAUAUUGUAUAGUAUCUUGUGCUAGGUGAGGAAAUUAUUUUUAAUUUUGAUAAUAUUCCUAGUGAUCAGCAUUGGGAGUUGGGUUUUUGUGCUUGUUAGGGGCAUGCCUAUAUUUAGAAAAGAAGAAAGAAAAAGUGCAAAUGAAGAUUUUCAUUAGUCCCCCUCAUCACCCUUUUCCAUGCACAGCUCUCUCUUUCUUUUUGGUAGCAGUGGUCAAAAGUCAAGCAACAUCGUAAAUCUCACAGAGUGACAUCACCAAUCAUACUGCAUACUAUUGGAUUUAGAAUAUUCUGAGAUGCCUAAGUGUAGAUGUGGUUGUAGUCUUAGAUUGACAGCAUUAGAGAAAACUGGUUAGAACAUCUAGUCCUGCUAGUUAGUGCAUCACUGGGUGAGGAUUAGGGAGUGUAUUUCUCCUACUUUUCCAUUAGUAAAUCCCAAAGUUUCCAAAGCUUUUUGUUUACAGAAUAAAACUACAAGUAAAACCAACUCAAUCUUAUUUGUUCAGAAGAAAGCUGGCGGAGCUGGCCAACAUAGGAAUACAUUUUGUUGGAAAUGUGCUGUAAAAUCUCAGAGAACUGAACAAACUUGGUUUUCCCUUAUAACCAAAGCUUCAGGUUAGAAGUUUAGAGAAAUAAAAUGGUUGGGCACAUGAUUCAAGUAUUUAAUGGUAAUGGUAUAUUGUAGGGGUAGUGUUUGUUUUUGAAUGCUAAUUUAGAAGUUCUCAGAGAAAGUGGACAGCAUAGGUCUUCAGAAACUAUAAAAAAUUUUUUCAUAUAGUAUUAAAAUCCAUAGACUAAAAUCUGAGGAUUUAUAAAAUAUGAAAGUCAGCCAAACAAAAGCUACCAAAAUCAAGAGCAAUGUGUUCUGGUUUUAUAUUUCAACAGUUUUUCUCUAAGUGGUAUGCAAUUACUUUAAAAAAUAUUUUUAAACAAUCAGUAUCAAAAAAAAAAAAAAAAACAAAAUGACAUAGGACUCAGUGUUAUACUAUUUGGCACUUUGUAGUAGCCAUUUCUCUCAUAUUUGAAAUAAGGUCUUUGCUGGCUCUACCUUUGCUCAGAAAUUUAGUUCUACUGUAAAAAAUUAGCAUUUUAAAGUAUAAUGCCACCUGGCACGAUAAAUAUCUAUAUAAAUUGUUCUCUUCAGGAGAAAAAUAUUAAAUUGGGCAUAUAACUUGAUUAUAUUAAUUUAAGUUUCUUUUUUAAUUUUUCAUAGAAUUUGUAGAUCUUAAUAUAAAGUCAUUGGAACACAUCUGUUUUAACAGAUGUAGGCAGAUACUAUAAAAGGUUAAAAAUUGUUAAUGAAUUUUAAAUGAAUCUUAUUAAAUAUUUUUUAAAAAAACAAAAACAAAAACUGACAUGAAUGGCCAAAAAAUUACUCUCUAUUUCAGUGGCCGAUAACUUUAUAUUAAAUCUUACUUAAGAAUUCCUCCCUAGUUUUCAGUUGUGCUUCGUCCUGUUAUUUUAAAUAAGAUAAAUACUUUCAUAAGGAAAGCAUAUUCUGGCAUAAUAUUUGCUUGGGUAGCAUCCAGGUUUUGUUAUUAACCAAUAAUAGUCUUAAUGAAUAUUUGAAACCCAUAGUUCAGAAGGUGCUAAUAUUAUGGCCCUUCUUCACAUAGAAUUUUUUUUUUACAUCAUAGUGUAGUUCUGCUUCAUUUUACAUUGGGCUAAAACAGUCUUCAAGGAAAUUUACUAGGAAAGAAUACCUUUUUGCUUUAUUUUUACUAUUUAUAAGUUGAAGACAAAUCAACAUUUGGGUUUAAUUUUACAUGACCAGUUAUUAGAUGGUCAUAGUAUGAAGUGUGCAUUUCAUUAUUAGCAAAUUAUUUUUUAUUUUUAAACUAUUAAGUACUAAUAGUUGAGAUGAAAACUGAAAAAAAAAAAAAUGCCAAUGUGAGGUUUGUGGGUAGCUAGUCUUAAAAUAGCUUUAUGUUUUUAGAUGAAUUUUUUUCCUGUUUAUCUUUGGAAAAAACAGUGGAGAUAGGAUAUCUCAAUUCCAGACGUAAACAAAAAGUAAUUUUUAUUUCAUCAUUUAAUAUAACUGUUAUUACUGUGGAUUCUUGUGUUUUUUCUUUCCCAUAUUCAAGUAAUAGAGAAUAACUUUCCCUCAAAUGAUUAGAUCCUAGAUAUGUCACUUCUGUAUUGGUAAAUGCUACUAUUAAAAAUGUAAUUCUUGAAUUUAGGUUGAAUUGAUGACUUUUUAAAACAAAACUAAAACACUGGACAUUUGUACAUCAUAUUGUGUUUGCACACACAUAAUCACACACUCACACAUAAGAAUGUAGUGCCGUUAUAAGAACAUUGGCACUUUUUAAACCUUUGCAAGUAAACUUACUUUCAUUUUCAGGAUUGAGUAUUUUAAGCUCUCUACAUACUGUGAAAAGUUUUUUACAUUGUAAAGUGUAAUUAUUGUGUUUAAAAUACUCCUUUAGAAUGUUAAUUAUUCAGUCAUCAAGAAAAGACAAAAUGUUUUACCACUAAAGUAUUAUUAAAAGCCUCAUUUGUGGAGAUUCUCUAAUUUUCUUGGUUAAGUUGUCUUGUAUCUCCCUACCUAAUUUGCCCCCUCAGUCAGAUGUUUUCUUUUCAGUCUAUUACUACCCUGUGUCAUUUUUUAAAACAACCAUCAUGAGAAAGGGCUUCUUUGAAAUAAUACCCAUCAAUAUCUUUGGCAUUAUUACAACAUGGAACCUAAAACAGUAUAUAUAUGUUUUUGUUCCUGUCUGUUUUGUAUGAGUGCCUCAUUUUGUAGCCACACAAGUAAAGUAGUACCUUAAAUGAAAAUGUAAUGACUAAGGCACUAGGAAUGACUGUUGUAGAAGCUAAGUAGAACACUUAGUUAUUUGGGAUGUUAAUUUUCUAUCAAAGCAAACUCCUUAGAUACCUAGAUCAAUUUUAUGUGUAUAUAUUCUAAAAUGCUCCCUUUUUUAUGUGGUCAUUUGUUGCCUUCUGAGUUGAGAGAACAAAACUGAAUAAAGUGAAUGUUAGCUGUA